UGCUGCAGGAAUUGUGAACAUGGAAUUUAUUUAUACAGAAUUUAAGAUUUUGAAAGUUAAAUGCUAACGAAUUGAAUUAUUUCCCAAAAUAUAUUUGAAUUGUUCCAAGUUUCUCAAGUUUCAACUAAUAUGUAAAUUUGGCAACCACUUUUAUCGAAUGGAUUUUUUUGUUUAUUUACACAACAAAACAAAGUGGAAUUGGUUUAACUUUUGAACAAAGGAUAUCAUGGAAUCAGCAGCAAGUGUACAGGUAGUUUGCAACUGGGAACGUAUUGGGGGUUGCGAGUUUUCACAGAGCGUCCAAACGAAAAUCACACACGAGGACAUUUUUAUAAAGCCAGAGUUGGAACAGGUUAUAGGAAAGCAAAACGCGGUUCUCUUAAAAAGAGAUGACACCAAUAAUCCAUGCGAACUACAAUUACAAUUGAAGACUCCAAUCUAUAAAAUUGAAUCCAUAACUACAGUAUGCACCGCCCCAAAAUUGGAACUCUUUCUCGGACCACUAAAAGAAUAUACGGAAACUUUGUAUGGCGAAACAGCAGAGGAUGACGAAAAUGGCGAUGUGUUCUCGUAUCGUUACGACAUUGAGGUGCAAAAGUCAGGCAUAACAGAGUGCACACUUAAGUUGUUGACAUCAUCUGACGAAAUCUGCAUAUUCGGUUUUUUAUUACAAAUUGCACCUAACCCUAAUGGUAUAACGACUGGAGUCGACAUUAAUUUUCAUAAUGUUCAAAAAAUGCUGAGUAGCCAGAAAAUAUCACCAAGCGCAGAAAAAUGCAUGUUAUUUAUGAAAGCAGCGAAUCAAAUGAAGGGGGUUGCUGGAGGUGGACAAUCAUCUUUAGCGCUUUUGGAGCAAAUGAAAACAGCGCUCGAUGGUAAGGUGCAGCCCGCCAAAAGCGGGGAAGGUUACUCAAACAAAAAUGAGAGAAAUUCGCCGAACCCAGCCCAUUUACCUCUUUUGGAUCCUGUACUUAAGACUCACAUAGAUAAUAAGUUCGAUCAAUUAGAGCAUAAGAUUACGGCACAUUUGGAUAACGCCUUAGCGGAUCAAAAUGAUAAGUUAGACAAAAUAUUACAAAUACUCGAAAAUAGGAACAUUUUUAAGUAAAAUAAAUAAAUAAAAUAUUUUAAUUAU